CGGAAGAGAAAACACAAACUCAGUGAAUGCCCAUAAUUAGGGUUUCAGAAAAAAAAAAUCAAAUCGAAAUUAAACGUUUCUCAAAGACCAAAAUUGAAGCUUGCAACUAAUAAUGAACGCUAACCAGUCGCCAAAGGAUCCGAUCCCUCUGGAGAAUCGACCCGGAAUUUUCAUUAUCGGAUCCUGCAACGUCGGUAAACGGACCCUCCUAUCCCGACUGCUCUCUAUUGACUUUGAAGAUGCUUCUGAUUCAGCAGCAUCUGAAGUGAACGCCUAUGGGUGGAAUAUUACCACUAAGUACUAUACUGCUGAUGUUUCUGUAUGGACGGCUAAUCUUCAUGAUGAUUUUUCUGUUGGAAACCUACCCGUAUUUCAACGGUUGGAUGCUUUGGUGAUGGUUUUUGACAUGAGUGAUCUAUCUUCCCUAACUGCACUUCAAGAUUGGGUAUCGCGCACUGAUAUUCAAAACUUUGAGAUACUAUUAUGUAUUGGAAACAAAGUGGACCUGAUUCCAGAUCAUCCAGUUCAUGCUGAGUAUAGAAGACGAUUGCUGAAGCUUGAAGAUUCUGCUGUUGACCCUUAUUCGGAGUUCACUGGGUAUGGAAUAUCUGAAUCUGAAGGAACUAGUUUAUUGGGGGAUGAAGAACCAUCAAGGAAUAUCAGAAGAUCCUGCUUGGAAUGGUGCACUGAUCACAACAUCGAGUUCAUUGAGGCUUGUGCUUCAAAUGCCGAUUUUGACAAAUGCUUGUCUGUAGAUGGUGAUUUACAAGGAGUUGAACGGCUCUAUGGUGCUCUUUCUGCUCAUAUGUGGCCUGGAAUGAUAUUAAAAUCUGGUGAUAGAAUAAGUGAACCAUCAUUGCCUGAGAAAAAAGAGUUGUCUUCAGAAGAAUCUGAUUAUGAAUUGGAGUAUGAAGUUUUAUCAGCUGGUUCAGCUGAUCCAUGGGGUGAUGCAGAACAAGAAUGGGUUUCUGCGACUUCCUUGGAUGCAGGAGGAUCAGCUCCUCAUAACAACCCCAACACAGAAUGUGAACAUGAGGAUGGAAUCAAAUCUGAUAAAGCAUUCCAACCCUCAACCUCAAGCACCGCAGUGCAGGUUGAAAGUGACAAGGAAGUAGCACUGAAUAUCGAUGAUUUUGAAGAUGAAAAGGCAGAUAGGGGCAAAUUUCUUGACUUAGAGGAUUUGGAACAGAUGAUGUCUGAGAUUGGGAAUAUGCGUGCAAGUUUAAGAUUGAUGCCUGAUUUUCAAAGAAGGGAAAUGGCUGCAAAGCUGGCUAUGAAAAUGGCUUCUGUAUUUGGGGGAGGUAGUGAUGGUGAAGAGGAGAAUGAGUCGAUAUAAGGUGUUAGCACUACGAGAUUCCAUUAGAAAUGUAAGGAUACUUAAUGAAUGCCAUUCUUUGUUACUCUUUGUCGCUGCAGAAAAUGAGAACAUGAUUUAAGAUCAAUUUCUCAUGGCCUGUCAUAACUG